CAACACUAUCCGCCAUUUCGCGAGGUCUGCGUUCGCAUUCUCAGGCUCUCUCGUUUAUUCGAGGCCAAAUGCAAUCAUGGCAGUUGAGACACCAACAAUGCGCCCGGGCAACUGGAAUCGACCUCCCCCGGACGCAACACCGCCAUCAAGAUCUAGAGCCUUACCUAGACCCCUGGAUAAUGUCUUUCAAGCUACUACGAGGCGGCUACAACUCAAGUCGGUCUUCGCCCAGCUGGUUUUGGAUCGGCACACUGCGACAAUGGCUAUCAAAACGUCGAUACCACCAGCUGUCCUUGUAUGCGCCAUUCAAUCAAAUACAUGGAUCAACCACUUCAAGACCAAUGCCUAUUUAGCUCCGAUCAUAUCCACUUGUGCUCUGUCAGGUCUUCCCCGGGCAAAGCUGAUUGAGCACAAUGUCCAACUCGCCUUUACAUUCGCCCUGUCAUACUGCUGGGUCCUACUCGCGGGCUGGUCUGGUCUACAAGCUAGAAAACACACCGUACACGACCUUGAGGAGCUGAAAGCCUAUAAUUCAUCUGCAGAAGCCGUCGUCGCCAUUUUCUUAAUAUUUGGGAUAUGGUGUGCGUUCACGCUGAAGUCAGCAUUUCCUACUUGGGGCCUACAAUGCACCUUGGCUGGCAUCUUUGCAGUCGCGACACUCCCCAGUGUUGCUCAAGCUCCCGGUAUGCCAGAAGUCCUUGAGGAGACUAGCAAUGUCUUGGAGUCCUUUCUGGCGGGGCAGGCUGUCGGAUUUGUCAAUGGCCUCAUAAUAUUUCCACAAAGCUGCAGAGGGGUCUUCAAGAGCGAUAUGAAAGCGUGUCUUGACGGAUUGGUGGCUGUUAUGCGGGCUCAGAGGAGAUGCAUAGACGAUCUAAGAUUAAGGAAGAUCUCUACCGAAGGAGAAGACGGACAAGGCUCGUCUGUCAGUCAACUUCAGGGUGCUCUGCAACAUUUUAUCAAUAGCGUCGCCAAGGCUCCUGACGAUGUCGAGUAUGCGGGGAGUGAGGUAUCUUGGGGUCGCCUCGAUCGCUCACAGCUCGAGCAUAUUGCCUCAUUAUUGGUUGACCUUAUCCCACCGGCAUCUGGCCUAAGCUCGGCGGCAGACAUGCUGCAGCAGGCAAUCGAUGGACACUAUCCUUCUAACGACGCCGAUGGGAUGGACGGUCAUGAUGAGGAUGUCAAUAAUUUGAAAGAUGAAGAAGACUGGCAUCGUCUCGAGGCAAAAAUGCGCCAGCAUUCACUUAGAAUAUCCGCGGCAAUGAUUGAAGGAGUGGAGCACGCCAAACUUCGAUUGAAGUUGACAAAGGGCCGAUCUCUCUUUGGCAGAGUUCACGCGAGAAAUAUAGACGAGGAGAACCAGGCGUUUUCUAUGCGUCCAGGAGAAGCGAGUUUUCUCGAGUCAUAUCGAGACGUCUUCGAUAGUUGUUGUGUUCUAGGCCAAGAGAAGGAUGGCACGGGUGAAGAAAAGCUGCUCGACCAUUACAUCCGACACAGACCGCAAGUUGCAGACCUGGAUCAACUCACGGCUGAGACGCAUACUGACACGCUACGCUAUUUUCUAUUGCUCCAUUCCCAAACCCUCAUGUCGUGCUUAGGAGACGGACUCCUCAAGCUCCUCCUUUUCAUCGAGGAAUGCUAUGCACGUCCGAAGCGCCUGCUCAUUCCACGAUCAAGUUCCCUCGACAACUUGCUCAAAGUAUUUGUUCGUCUACGACGCAUCCGACAAGACAGUGUCAGCCAGAAUAUGGACUCUCAAACAAACAUCGAACUUGGAUCCGCAUUCUACCACCGAAAGAAUCCUGACCAUCUCCCACCUGCCAACUUCAUGGAGACUAUUGGAGACAACAUUCGCAAGAUCAGCUCCGUCUUUCGCACCGAUCAUGCCGCAUACGGACUCCGAGGUGCCUGUGCCAUCAUGACCAUAGCCAUUAUUGGGUUCCUUCGAGAUUCGCAGAACUUUUAUUUCAGAGAACGAUUUCUCUGGGCAUUGUUUGCCAUCUUGCUUUCCAUGGGCCGCACUGCCGGGUCGUCGACUUUCCUUUUACUGGGCCGCGUACUUGGUACAAUGGCCUCCAUGAUAACGAGCUACAUCAUCUGGUAUAUUGCCGACAAAAAGACCCCUGGUAUUUUGGUCUUCCUCUGGUUGUGGUUCGUUGUCAUUGGCUAUCUAUUCGUCAAAUUUCCUAAAUUCUUCAGUAUAUGGUUCGUUGCUCUCGUGUCCGCGAUCGUCAUGAUAGCAGAUGCACUUCAGAUCCGCCAGCUGGGUAUUGAAGCCGUCUCGAAAGCCGGACAAGCGGUUUACCCGCCAUACGUAAUCUUCCCCUAUCGACUUGCUGUCGUCACCCUCGGCGUCGUCACCGGCUACUUCUGGACACUCUUCCCCUACCCCCUCUCCGAACAUUCCGAACUCCGCGAAGACGUAGCCAGAUCCAUGUACAUGCUAGCCAACUACUACAUGUGCAUCCAACAAACACUCCUCACCCGUCUUCACGGCACCUUUGGCGACCUCAGUGACAAGACCAGCCACGGCGCCCACCUCCAAACCGCGCGCCGUCGCAUUUUCCGCAAAUACCAAACCCUAACCACCAGCGCCAAGACAUACUUCCAGUUCCUCGACUGGGAAGUCACUCUCGGCGGCCGCUUUCCCAAACAAACCUACCGCGAGAUCCUCUCCAUCCUCGAGCGCCUCAGCAGCUACAUGACUCUUACGAGCUAUGUGUCCCGGGCACUCAAACGAUCCCCUGCCACGUCUUCUUGGUGGGUCCACGACGGGACUGGCACGGUCCAGACUCAUCUUACCCCCGAAGGUGUCACGACGAGAAUGAUCAUAUUGCAUUCUGCUCUGAGUCGGGCGCAUCCACUGCCGCCGAAGCUGAGGGAGUUGAAAAUACCGGACCUGAGUGAAUUCCUGAGCAGGGGUGUACCUGCGGAAGAAGGGUUUGCGAGCGCGGCACUGAUCCACAGCGUUAAUUGGUAUAUCAUUCGCGAUGCGAAUCGGCUGACGCAGUUGGUGAGGGAACUUGUGGGAGAGCUUGACUUUUCGUUCACUGUUGAUCCUGAGAUCCCUGUCGCUCCAUCAACUGCUGGUAAUUAGGGUAUAAAAAAAAAAGGAUGGCCAAAGAGCGUCCGACCAUGCUGGAAAAAAAGGAGCGAAGUACUUCAUGUGUAAUUAUGUAGCGGUCUUCGUUACCCCAUC